ACCAGCUGAGUGGGUGCAGUAGGCUGGAUUGUUUUUUUUUCCGCCUGACAAGUAUAUAUGGGUUGUGUGUUUACUGUUAGCUAGUUAGAGCUCUUUGUUUUUGUCAUCACCACAAAAUCAAAAUGUCCCGGCUUUAUAACAGCCUAUUUUGUUUUACAUAACUAUACGAAGGCACAUAUUGUACAAAAAUACUGAUAAACUUUUUCAGGAUACAGAUUUAUUUUUCUCAAUUUUUUUUGUUUUGUUUUGUUUAUCCACUUGUAAGUGAAGAGGAAGCGUCAUCUGGAAACUUCUGCAUAAGGUCAUCCUCAAGUUUAGAGAAGGUCUACGUUGAAGGUGGCAGCCAUGGUGUUGAUUCUGGGCAGAAGGAUGAACAGGGAGGACUCUGGGAUCAGAGACUCACCAGCUGUCAAACGCAAGGUGUUUGAGGUUGACUCCAAAAAUUUAGCCACCCAGGACGUCCUGGACUUCUGUUCUGGCUCAUCCCACUCGGAGGGCAUCCUGCAGGUAUUCAAUGAGUUUCGCGACUGUCGCCUGUUCACUGAUGUUGUCAUCAGCGUGCAGGGACGUGAGUUCCCCUGCCAUCGCGCUGUGCUCUCUGCCUGCUCUUCCUACUUCAGAGCCAUGUUCUGCAACGAUCACCGUGAGAGCCGCGAGAUGCUGGUCGAGAUCAACGGCAUCCUGGCUGAGGCGAUGGACUCCUUCCUCACCUAUGUUUACACCGGCCGUUCCAAGAUCACCACCGAGAAUGUCCAGUUCCUCUUUGAGACCUCCAGCCUCUUCCAGAUCACCACACUGCGUGAUGCCUGUGCCAAGUUCCUGGAGGACCAGCUGGACCCGUGCAACUGCCUGGGCAUCCAGCGCUUCGCAGAUGCCCAUGCCCUGAAGCAGCUAGCCAGCCGCUGCCGCAGUUACGCCCUGGCCAACUUCUCAGAGGUGGCUCAGCAUGAGGAGUUCCUCGACCUACGCAUAGAAGAGCUGGAAGAGUACACUGGCAGUGAUGAGCUGUCCGUCGGUAAGGAGGAGAUGGUGUUUGAGGCGGUGAUGCGAUGGGUGUACAGCAAUGUGGAGCACAGAAAGCCCAUGCUGAAGGCCCUGCUGCACCAUGUGCGCCUGCCCCUUCUGCACCCCAACUACUUUGUCCAGACAGUGGAGGGAGACCAGCUCAUCCAGAAUGCUCCAGAGUGCUACCAGCUUCUCCACGAGGCCAGACGUUACCACGUGCUUGGAAAUGAAAUGAUGUCACCCAGAACUCGUCCUCGCAGGUCGACUGGCUACUCUGAGGUGAUUGUGGUGGUGGGAGGUUGUGAGAGAGUGGGGGGCUUCAACCUGCCCUACACUGAAUGCUAUGAUCCAGUCACAGGAGAGUGGAAAUCACUGGCCAAACUACCUGAGUUCACCAAGUCAGAGUAUGCUGUCUGCGCCCUCCGAAAUGACAUUCUGGUGUCAGGUGGUCGCAUCAACAGCAGGGACGUGUGGAUGUAUAACUCCCAGCUCAACCUGUGGAUCAGAGUGGCUUCUCUUAACAAAGGCCGCUGGAGACACAAGAUGGGCGUCCUACUGGGCAAGGUCUAUGCUGUAGGUGGCUAUGAUGGGCAGAGCCGCCUGAGCAGUGUGGAGUGUUACGACUCCUUCUCUAACCGCUGGACAGAGGUGGCACCCAUGAAAGAGGCUGUCAGCUCUCCGGCCGUGGCCAGCUGUGCUGGCAAGCUCUUUGUCAUAGGAGGAGGGCCUGACGAUGACACUUGUUCAGACAAGGUUCAGUGCUAUGAUCCAGAGACAGACUCUUGGUUACUACGGGCCAACAUCCCCAUCGCCAAGCGUUGUAUCACAGCAGUGUCCCUCAACAACCUGAUCUAUGUGUGCGGUGGUCUCACCAAGUCCAUAUUCUGCUACGACCCCGCAGAGGACUACUGGAUACACGUGGUUCAAACCUUUAACAAACAGGAGAGCUGUGGCAUGUCGGUGUGCAACGGUAAGAUCUUCAUCCUUGGUGGCAGAGGGGAAAAUGGCGAAGCAACAGACACCAUCCUGUGUUACGACCCGUCAACAGGCAUCAUCACAGGAGUGGCAGCCAUGCCGCGGCCGAUCUCCUACCACGGGUGUGUAACCAUCCACCGCUACAACGACAAGUACCAAAGGCCCUGACCAUAAACAAACACACACACUCUCACAUGAGAGCACACACUCAAGAACUUAACCUCUUUGAAACUUAAGCUCUUCAUGUUCACCCCAUGCACAGCACACACACAUACACACACAAUCACACAGUUUUUUAGAACAGCCCCAUUAAGUAGUUCAGUCCACAGUACCGUUGAGCUAAUUCAUUUUUUACAGCAUCAAGUAGCAACACUCGUGGUGCUCUGAAUAUUUUGCUGUUCUGUACCAUAGUUAUAGUCUCCCCUUCGGAAAUGCUCAGUGGUUGAUAAUGCUAAUGACUUGUCUGUAACCUGAGCCACAGUGGAUUCAGAUCAACAUGGCAGAUAUGCCUUGCAUUAGUAGUAACUGUACAAGGUUGGGAAGUAAUGGAUCAUAUACCAGAGAAUUAAAGAAAACUGAUGAUGAUUAUGGUCAUCAAUCAGAUUGCAUCACAUUUUCAAAGAAACUUGAACACUGAAGUUUCUAAAUGACAAUGAGAAGGUUUGUUUACCUAACUGCACAUUUUAUGGAUUUAAUACACAACAUUUUCAUACUAAUCUGGAUAACAUUAUUGAGUUUUCGUAAUUGUUUUUAUAAUGAUACUAAUUACAAGCAGGUAAUCAGUUUGAUAUUGAACUUCCCAACAUAGUGCUUUUAUUACUGUGCAAAGUAACCUCACCCUGAGAUCUAGGUCACUGAUGAGCUGAACUGAUCUGAAAUGAUCACAGAUAGUGCUGAUUAACAAAAACAAUGCCUUAAGGCAAAAACUGAAAAAUACAAGAAUGAGCCAAGAAUGAUCUGCCAGCAGAAGAAUAUUGAUAUGAAUUUAUUUUUGACUGACAGAUGAGCAGCCAGGUCAGAUUUCCUACCUUGUACCCACUUUACUCCAUGCAUACGUACAUACAGAACAGUACGGCCCAUUACUGAUAAAGAACAUAAAAAAGUACUGUCCUCCAUUUUUUAACUCUUUUCCUUGAUAUUAAAAACGACCAGAUAAAAAUGUGGUCAACAGUCAGCCAGCUGCUCUCCCACAGUAUCAGUGGUCAUAAAUACAAGUUGCUCUUGCCCGUUGACCCAGAGCGGGGUUAAGGGAAGAGAUAAAGAGCGGAGGCUGUACCAAAAUACUGGAACAUAGCCACUGAUAGCUCUGCGUUCUUGUUAACGUUUUCCUCACAUCCCUCCACUUAUCACCUAGUUCCACUUCCCAUGUGCGUUUCCCUUUUUCCUGCUCCACGUGUGUCAUCACCUCACAUUUUCUGAUCUACAUUUAUAGCCCCUUUUUAAGCUUUAUUUUGCUCAUAAUAAUAAUAAUUAUUACACUCAUUACUGACAUUUUAUUUUUUUAAGUUAUACUUGUUUGUCUUUUUUUAUAAUUGGAUGUUUAUUGUAUUAUAUGUAGCUUUAGUGUGUCUAUAUAAAUGUUAGUUCAUUGGUGUACUGGGCUUGUGGGUGUUUUUGUAGAUGUGAGAAUCCUUUUGUAGAUCAAACUCGAAGUCUGCUCUGAAAAAGUGGUGUGCAUGUUUGCUAUGUAUGUAUGUAUGUAGGUAUGUAGGUAUGUGACUUUUACGACUUGGUCUGGGUGUGUUUGAGCCAAGGAGGUUUAUCAAAGAGUUCCAGUGUAAGUGUUGCACGACUGCUAACUUCUGUCAACAGAACUUUUCACACUGAUGGUGGCACCUCUCACCUGUGCACUUACAUGUAAAGAUGUAACUCGGGGUUACCAUAGAUACCUCCAGGUGUGUAUGUGUGUAUGUGUGUUUGCUGAUCACCUUAGGUGUAGCAGUGCUAUACCUCACACAGUUAAGAGUUCUGAAUGACAAGGAUUUUGGAUGAUGUGGCUCAUGGUCAGUAAAAGUUCCCUUUUACUACAAUAGGUGUUGAUAGACUAGAGAUAUUGCUGUGAAUGUGACUUUAAUACAUUUUUGUUUUCUUUGUUUAACUUGUAUUUAAAUGUAUCUCUUUCUAGGUUGCAUAUUGUGUUUUUCUGUAACCGAGAGCCCCAAUUGUGCACUUUGACAGAAUCUUGUUAAAUGCAGAAUUAUAUGACCAUGAUUUCUUUUUUUUUUUUUUACUGUAUCAGUAAAUGUUCUUUGCUUUCAUGUGACGUAUGGAAGAGACAGUAAAAGGGUCUGUCAGCUCCUCCUGUUGGCCGCUACCUGCUAUGACUCUGAUAUUCCAACAAAAACAACAAAAACUGCUGCAAGAGAGCAAAGUCAAGAGUGAGUUUUCGACUUUUCAUUUUAGGGUGAAAAGUUUUGUGAUCAGUGAGUUUGUAUGUUUGUUACUGUCUAGCAAUGUGUAACUUUGUAGUAAGCAACAUAAGAACAGCAGAGAUUGUUUUUUCGUCUGUCAGUCAAAAGCAGGUGGGGGUAUUUCGAGGUAUUUUAAACCAUCCUCCAGGCGUUUUCAUAGAAGGAUGAGUUCAGCGUCAGGUCUUCAACAGUAGUACAGGCUGAAACAAAAACAUCCUCAGCCCCACCCACACUUCCACACUCCUUUGCGGAGUAACAUACUUAGGGUCAUUCAUGAGGCCAACAAGAGGAGACUGAGAGGCAAGAAAGUGGUAAAGCAAAAGAGUGGGAGUUAGAUCAACAGUGAGAAAAAGAGAGAGAGACAGAGUUUGAGUGUGUGUGCGUCUGUGAUUUCACUGAGUAUUUACUCAAAACAUUGACUUUUGUUGAUUUAUUGAUUUUCAUUAUUAGUUAUAUAGAUGCUUUCAUACAUUGUUUACUUUGAUGAGACUGUUGAUUUUUUUUUUUUUUUAGCUUGUUGUGGGGAGUUGUGGGACUGUUUGUUGGCGAGAUAUUUUGACUCCCAAAUGCAAAAAUUAAACUGAAGAGCUGAGCGUUAAAAGGGGAUUGAUGGAUUUUAAUAUGAAUGCAAUGUAAGCCAAAGUGGAUUUCAUUCAAUCCCAAAGGUGACUUUGUUGAGUGUGGGGAACGAGUGGGGAAUUAAAUCUUCUGAUUUUACUUUUAUUAUUGUAUGUAUGAUGCGAUACUUUAACACCACUUUCUCCUUCUCUUUGUCUAACUGCGAGAAAGCUUUGGAUUUUUGUAAACUGCAGUAUGUUGAAAUGUAACGGUUGACUUGUGGAAGAGAAACAUCAAUAAAGUUUUUCUGUACCAACA